CAUCAGUGGAGUUAAUUUCAGUGUGAGCGACAUUCAGGGAGGUGACCGGGACGAACGGACAGACGACUCGUGAGCAGAGAUCGAAAAGGUUUGAUUAUCUCUCCAGAGGCUCAUGAAACAAGACCACGAUGCAGCGGUGCAUUUUUAGGAGAGUUGUACAACAGUUUAGUUUCAGGGAGCAGGAAACCACUAAAGGUGUGCUGUCUGGUUUCCCCACUACUACUACUACUACUGCUGCCGCUGCUUCAGGGCGCAGGAGCAAAUCAAGUGUUCCAGAUGUGAGGGAGCGGACUCUCAUAGCUGUGAAACCAGAUGGAGUUCAUCGCCGUCUCGUUGGACAAAUCAUCCAGCGGUUUGAGCAGCGAGGAUUCAAGCUGGUUGGCCUGAAAAUGUUGAAGGUGCCGGAGGAUCUCCUGACCCAGCACUACUGCCAGCUGAGGUCGAAACCCUUCUUUCCCAGGCUCCUGGAAUACAUGUCAUCAGGACCCGUGGUUGCCAUGGUGUGGGAAGGGCACAAAGUGGUGCAGGCGUCCCGUCUCAUGGUGGGACAUACUAACCCUGCAGAGGCCCAGGCCGGCACAGUCAGAGGAGAUUUCAGCUUUCACGUGAGCAGGAAUGUGGUUCAUGCCAGUGAUUCCCUGGAGGGGGCGCAGAGGGAGAUCCAGCUGUGGUUUACGGGGAAAGAGCUGAUGAACUGGGACUGCUGCGACCAGAGCCUCACCUGUGAGCUGUGAAGGUCGCUGACAGACGAUCGGCAGUGAGACUCAGUGACUCUACCUCUUCUCCCGCUGCUCAGAGCUCUGUUUCUGUAUGUGACACUACAGUGAUGGAUAAAAGACGAGUCAAAGUUAAUGUUCCCACCGAGAUCUUUACCUCAGAAAAUGUGCCGACACUAGAAAGAAAAAUAUUUUAUGUGGAAAUAAGUGAGAGUCUAUUUUACUCAAUUUGAAACUUCUGAUAACCUACACUUCAAAAUGUCUCAGUGAACAGCCACGUUAGGAUCAGCUCGCCUUUAGUCUCAGGAUUAAAUGUGUGCAGUAAUUUAUAAAAAAGAUGUAUCCACAUGUCUGCACCUGUGGAGCCUAAAUGGGUGACUCAACGGGGUGUUCUACUUUACAGUCAUCCAGAUGUGCAGUGUUCUUGAUACACCAAACAGUCAUUCAGUUUAAAGUGACUUUACGUCGCAUGAAAACCAAGUUUAGGUCUUCCUGAUUAUUAAGAGAAAGUGAGUUAAUUGUCAUUAUGCAAUCUGAAAAAGUAUAAUCAACA